CUUCCUAGCCGUUCCCCAAAAAAACCUCCGCAAAACCUUCCUUUCUCUCUCUACCGAGAAAAAAACAAACAAACUUCCUCCAUUCCUUCCGAGUCAACUCGCGCAGCCAUGGAGCCCCAGUUCCCCGACGACUUCAAGUGCCCGAUUUCCCUCCAAGUAAUGUCCGACCCAGUAAUCCUCCCCUCCGGCCACACCUUCGACCGCUCUUCCAUCCAGCGGUGGCUCGACUCCGGCCACCGCACUUGCCCAAUCACCAAUCUCCCCUUGCCCGACCACCCUUCCUUAAUCCCCAACCACGCCCUCCGCAGCUUGAUUUCCAACUACGCCCACAUCUCCUCCUCCCCCAAACUCCACCUCCGUCACCCGCCGCCGGAAACCCUAAUCUCCACCCUCACUUCCCCCCGACCCGCCACUCCCAAUUCCAAGCUCGAUUCCCUCUCCCACCUCGCCAAGCUCACCAAAUUCGACCCUUCCCUCCGCCGCCAGCUAGCCGAAUCAGGCGCCCUCUCCGCCGUCCUCAAUUGCCUCAAUUGCCCGUCUUUCCAAGAGAAAGCCCUCUCCCUCCUCCUCAAUCUCUCCCUCGACGACGACAAUAAAGUCGGGCUGGUCGCGGAGGGCGCAAUUGGCCGGGUCGUUAGCGUUCUCCGGGCCGGGUCGUCGCCCAUUUCCCGGGCCAUCGGGUGCACCGUGUUGACCAGCCUCGCGGUGGUCGAAGUCAACAAGGCGACGAUUGGAGCUUACCCAGACGCGAUUCGAUCGCUCGUGAACCUGCUCGAUUGCGGGAAAGGAAGGGAAGUGAAGGAAGCGGCGACGGCUCUCUAUGCCGUUUGCUCGUUUCCGGAUAACCGGAGGCGGGCGGCGGAAUGCGGGGCGGUGCCGAUUCUGGCGAGGCUGGUCGGCGGUGGUGGGGCGGGGCUGGAGAGAGCUGUGGAGGUGUUGAGCUCGCUGGUGAAGUGUAGGGAAGGCAGAGUUGAAAUGGGUCGGGUUUUUGGGUUCGUCGGGGUUUUGGUGAAAGUGAUUAGCUUUGGGGGAGAGAAGGGGAUUCAGUGUGCUCUGUUUACGCUCAAUGCUCUGUGUUUGCACAGCGAGGAGGUCUGCGACGAAGCUCGAGGGCAAGGAGUAAUGGAGAUUUGUGUUGGGUUGAGGGAAGAUGAGAAUGAGAAGAUUAGAAGGAAUGCUUCAAGCUUGGUUCAGACUCUGAGUGGCAGCCAGUGA